AUGGAUGACAAACACGACAAUUCGCCCGACGAGAACAAUGGGGUUAUUAGCCUCCGCAAUAGCCCGGAGAGUACUAAUGACGCCGAUUCGAAGGAUGCUCAUGUGUGGCUUGUUGGCGGCGGUAUUGCAUCUCUUGCCGCCGCGGUCUUUCUGAUUGAAGAUGCAAAGGUCCCGGGGGAUCAUAUCCACAUUCUCGAGGCAUCGGCGAAAGCUGGUGGAUCAAUGGCGACGUUUUCGAAGCCAUCAUGGGACAGAGGGUACCGAGUAUCUGCGAUUCGGAAAAUGAGUCUCACUUAUCAUUGUUUGUAUGGGAUGUUGGAAAAGGUACCGUCGGACGUUGAAGGUGAGACACUCGCAGCCAAAUUACACCGAUUCAACCAAGCAAGGAGGAAACUCGGCGCAUCGGGAACGAGAUUAGUGAGGCAGGUCCUUGCCGACAAUGGGACUGAGAAGCCUGAGGCUGUUGAUGUGAGCACAAUGGGUUUGAGUGUCAAGAACCAGUGUGACUUGAUGAGAGUUGUGCUUGAGACGGAAGAGGAGCUGGAGGGCCUUGAGAUUCAGGCUUUAUUUGAACCAGACUUUUUCGAGACGAACUUUUGGGAUUUAUGGUCGUCGCUCAAUAGGUUCCAUCCUUGGUGUAGUGCUGUCGAGUUUAGGCGGUGCCUUCAUAGGAUGUUGCAUGAGUUUCCCAAUAUGGGGACAUUAUCUGGCGUGGAGCAGGCUCCUGAGGAGGACUUCGAGGCGAUCAUCAAGCCUUUGACGCAGUAUCUGAAGGCGAUGGAUGUUGAGUUUCGGCACGGCAUUCAAGUUAGCGGUCUGGAAAUUGAGGAUAUUGGUUCUGACUUUCGAGUGUCCGCCCUGAAAACAUACCAAGAUAGCAAGCAUGUCAUGAUACCAACUGGGCCCGAUGACCUUGUACUUCUCACCCUUGGCUCCCUCACAUCUGGAAUGGGAUACGGCACAAAUGACCAACCACCGCCGACGAUGGAGCUUCGCGAUUCAGCACCUCAUGAGCUCGACCCAUCGUGGACCUUCUGGGAUAGACUUGCGAUGGAUCGCCCCCAGACAUUCGGCAACCCUGAAGCGUUCUUCGACCGACCCUCAAAGUCAACAUGGCUCUCCUUCACCGUCACCCUUCGCGACCCAGCGUUCUUCGAGCACUUACGUAGCUGGACCGGCACACUGACAGGAGCUGUACCACUAAUAACCUUCCGCGACUGCCCCUGGAUGCUCUCCCUCACAAUCCCUCAACAACCAUACGUCAGAGAUCAACCCUCAGACGUUUUCGUAUUCUGGGGGUACGGCCUCUUCCCAGAUCAACAAGGCCGCUACGUCAGAAAACCCAUGCUCGAAUGCACCGGCGCCGAAAUCCUCACCGAGCUUCUGCACCUCAUGGCCUUUCCCCUGCAACCCACCCUCGAGCGCUCAAUCACAAUCCCAUGCUUGAUGCCAUUGAUCGGGAGUCCGUUCUUGACACGCAAGAAAGGCGAUCGACCAAAGGUAAUACCCGAUGGGAGCAAGAACUUGGGCUUGAUGGGGCAGUUUGUUGAGAUUGAGAGGGAGGUGACGUUUACGAUGGAGUAUUCGGUUCGGUCGGCGCAAUUGGCUGUUUAUGGGCUCAUGGGUGGUUUCGAGCCCAGUGUCUUCUUGACAGUGCCAUACCCGGGCGAGUUCCCUCUCGGUGUCUCCUCACGCCUGCACCUGAGCUCCUACCUCAAGUCGAUCUCUCCCUUCUCCGUUGCCGUCAUGGCUUCCGAGCAUGAAGCCAAUAUGCAGGAGCUUGCGCGGUACCAGCUUGCCUACAUCAUGCAACACAAAGAAGAGAAUCCAGAGCAGGAUGAACUGCCAGAUCUUGUCCGCGACAUGCUGGCUAUCACUCCCUACUUGGAACAAGUUGUUGCUGGCCGCCUCGUGUUCAACGAAGAGGCUAUCAAUGCUCGAUUAAACAAAAACUUUGUUGCUUCCGAGUAUGAUCUCGAAGAGCUUCGCGGUGCAUCUUUCUCGGCCGCUGUACGCUCUCACUGGAGACCUGCUCCGGUUACUGCCACUUCCGGCACCGCAAACGGGCUUCGUGAGCCCCAUUUGACUACCUCCACUACUGCCACUAUCGAUUCCUCUUCCGACGGUGCCAGCGAUGUCGUCCCCACCGUUGCUCGUGGUACUCAUGCUGCCGAUUCUGUGGAGAUCGCAUAUCAGAAGGCUUUCGCCCGUCUUGAUGCCGGUCUUCGAGCUCAAGAAGAAGAGUGCCUCUCUGACAUCUAUUCCGAUGACAACGCCGGUGCUCCUCCAAAGACUCUCCCAGAUUUGGAGACAGUUCACUCCAAUGAUAGCAAGGUCUCAAAGGUCACGGAAACUGCUCUUGCUUUCCUCUCCGAAAGGGAUGUGGGUCACAUAAUUGAAGCCCGAGCACAGAGUUCCAGUCAGUCAAUCUCUUCCCGAGAGGCAGAACAUGGCACCUCUUCAAAGGACUCAACUAUCCACAAUGUCGAAAGCGUCAGCAUUGAGGCUGCAUCCCCACCACCGGCAACCCACCUCCACCACGAUGAGGUUGAUGAGGGCCUCAUUUCUUUUGAUGAGGACCCCACUCCUACAGGCACUAUCUCGACUACUAUCGCAGAUGCUUUCCCUCCUACAAGCACUUUUGCUAAGGAGUGGGAAGAGGCCGAGAGUAGCAAUGUCGCGCUCGAUACCUCCCCUACCCCCGACCACUCUGUCGAGUCUGAACCCGAACCUCCGGUGAAUACUUCUGAAGUUGUCCCAUUCUCCCCCAGUGGAACUACUUCAGCUCCCGGUGAUGAGGGCACUGUCCCUGCCAAGCCACAGUGCGCUUCCGUAUCCAUCACCGGUGACAACACAUUUACACCUGCAACCAAUAUCCGUGAGGAUAGCAAUGCUGUCAAGUGCUUCAAAUGUGGUAAUGACUCUGUUGAGAAUGCCAUCACUUGCUUUUGCAAACAUCAGUAUUGUGCUGAUUGUCUUAACGACGUGGUCAAGACUUCGAUCCAUGGGCCGACUCCUUUCCCUCCUGUGUGUUGCGAAAUUCCAAUCCCUGUUGACAUCAACUCUUCUAUCUUCGAUGAGAAGACUUUGUACGAUUUCCUGGGGAAGAAAUUCGGGACAUCUGAUGUCAGUGAACAGGGUAGCAUCGGUGAAUCAGACGAAAAGUCACUUCCCUCUCCUCAUUCUCUCACUUCUAUCCCUCGUACCCCGACUACCCCUUCUGCUCAUUUUACCCCAUCUACCCCAUCUGUUGCCUCUCCCCCCUCGCUUUCGACCGAGGAGAAAACAGAGUACUCCUUCAAUGGAUUUUGUGAAGAGAAAGUCGACAAUGAAGACACCAAGUGCCACGUGUGCCACAACACUAUUGAGGAAGGCUUGUAUUGUCCUGACUGUUGCUACCAAUGCAACAACAGCAGAGCGGACUGCAAAUGCGACUGGUGGGAUGGCCGCCAGCGCCGUGAAAAGGAUAUGGCUAUCGUCAAGGCGCCAACCCUGCAGACUGCGAGACCCCAAGUUGCGCCCUUUCGGGGACAAAAGAAGCAGUUUGGGGGGGUUUUCGAACGCAACACUGGAGCCCGCCGUGCCGUGACCCAGAAUGGGGCAUGCCAGCACCCAUUGAUGAAGCAAGUCAAGUUGUCGGGUCGAUGCUUUGACUGUUACCAUGUGCUGCCUACGUUCCUGUGGCAGUGCACACGCUGCAAAUAUUCAGUUUGCAAGCAUUGUGGCCUUCGAGGUGGUGCCUGGUCAAGAUUCCAGAGCGAUCCAUAG